GGGCUCAAGAUCUGUACCAAUUGAAAAAUUUCUGCAAGAAAAUAAUUUUAUAUAUAGAACAAAAUUUCAGCUAGUCUCGUUUCACUGAGGUAUCAGCCACUGGGAUCAGUAUUGGUCCUCCUUAAGGCUCGUUUAAUGUCCAUUCAAGUAUGUCAUAUAUAGAGGUGAUUAUUUCCCUUGCUUCUUCUUUGGUAAUGGGAUUUUUUACCGCUGUUCAAUUAUUUUACCGGGCGGCUGAUCGACACAAUCAGCUUUUGCGAGUCCACCGGCAAACACGCUUUGAUGGGAUGCCUUUUCUUAGUAAACCGAGAACAGAUUGUCGAAGAAAAAUUGUUGAAAAUGGAUUGAAUGAGCAUAAAUAUCGAAUAGUCAAUCCACCCCAAUGUGGUCGUAUUAUUCCAGCUGUUGUAGCAAAUUCUAGAGAUUCUAAACAGGAUUGUGCCGAAAUGAUUCAUAAGAUUCGGAGUGUGCUGCAGCGCUCACAUGGUAAAUGUGCAGAGCUGAUGUCGAUGCGGUGCUGCUUAUCAUGUGUUAAGGGUGUAUUACCUGAAAGUCAAAGUGAAAGAUUCUUACGGGUUUAUGAAAUGGUCAGUUUUGGUGUUAAUAGGGUAAAUGGUAUGGAACAAUAUUUGACAUCGGAGGAUAUUAAAUUUCUACAUUUUUUCUUUUACAACACAAUUUUAAAAGAAUUGCAAUAGUCUAUGGUUAAAUAUUAUUUUUCACUUUUGUAUAUUACAUCUUGCAUUUUCGAAUUCUUUCGAAUUCUUUUGGAUUCUUUUUUUCUGAAAAGACUGCGUCAUCCUUUUAAAUUCAAUGAAAA